AUGAGGCGAUUAAGCCAGAGAGUCCUCUCGCGAGGCAAAGAUGCCACAAAGUCCUCCAAGAAGAAUAAGGAUUCCAAGGAUGGAACUUCGUCCCCCUCGUCUCGAGACUCCAACCAGUCCCCGGUACUGACCCCGUCGUCCUCGACAUCGACCCUCAACGAUUUACGCAAUAAACCGCUGCCGCCAAACACUGGCCAUGGGGGCGAUCACGGUCCCAGCCAGCCAUCUGGCCUUUCUGGCGCUUCUCAACCGGGACCUCCAACUGUCGUCAUCAGCCCGACCCCAGGUCACAUCCCCCCUCCUGGCGCCACCGAGACGAUGCCUCAUGAGCUGGCGCCCCCGAAGCCUGGCCAAAAGUCUCUCAUGAUCAAUCGCAUGGACAACCGAGAUGCCAUCCCAGAAGGCCUGCGGACGCCAAAGCGACAGCACUCAUCGCGAUUUGAUAUUUCCGCCCACCGCGAGCUGGAGAAGCUUCCCGGCUUCCACGAAGUACCGCCUAACAGGCGCCAGGAGCUGUUUAUGCAAAAGAUUGAUCAGUGCAAUGUCAUCUUUGACUUUAACGACGCUAGUGGUGACAUGAAAGCCAAGGAGAUCAAGCGGCUAGCUCUCCACGAACUGCUGGACUACGUUGCCAACAAUAGGCAGGUCAUCACCGAGCCCAUGUAUCCCAGAGUCGUCGAGAUGUUCAGCAAGAAUCUUUUCAGACCAAUCCCGCCCCCAUUGAACCCCCAAGGCGAGGCAUUCGAUCCAGAGGAGGAUGAGCCCGUCCUGGAGGUUGCUUGGCCUCAUAUUCAGGUCGUUUAUGAGUUCUUCUUGCGCUUCAUUGAAAGCCAGGACUUCAACACCAACAUUGCAAAGGCCCAUAUUGAUCAUAGCUUUGUUCUCCAGCUGCUGGAUCUCUUUGACUCUGAAGAUCCCCGGGAGCGAGACUUUUUGAAGACGACCCUGCACCGCAUCUACGGCAAGUUCCUCAACCUUCGAUCGUUUAUUCGACGAUCAAUCAACAACGUCUUCUUCCAGUUCACCUACGAAACCGAGAGGUUCAACGGAAUUGCCGAGCUUCUAGAGAUUUUGGGCUCCAUUAUCAAUGGAUUUGCUCUGCCUCUGAAGGAAGAACACAAGAUCUUCUUGACCCGCGUCUUGCUCCCCCUGCACAAGCCCAAGAGCUUGAGCAUGUACCACCCUCAGCUCGCUUAUUGUAUUGUUCAAUUUUUGGAGAAAGAUGCAUCUCUCACCGAAGAUGUGGUCCUUGGGCUGUUACGCUACUGGCCAAAGGUUAAUAGCACAAAAGAGGUAAUGUUCUUGAACGAGGUUGAAGACAUUUUCGAAGUGAUGGACCCAGCCGAAUUCGCCAAAGUCCAGGAGCCUCUGUUCCACCAGCUUGCCAAGUCAGUGGCCAGCCCUCAUUUCCAAGUCGCCGAGCGUGCGUUGUACUUCUGGAAUAACGAAUACUUCUGCAACCUUGUAAGCGACAAUGUGGAAAUCAUCCUCCCCAUUAUGUUUGCUCCCCUCUACGAAAACUCAAAGGGUCACUGGAAUAGUAGAACAAUCCACGGCAUGGUUUACAAUGCUAUGAAACUUUUCAUGGAGAUCAACCCCCAACUGUUUGACGAUUGCUCCCACGAUUACACGGAGCAGCAGAACAGCGCGGCAGCUCGAGAGGCACUGCGGGAGCGGAAGUGGGCUGCUCUAUCUCAGCAGGCCGACGAGCGGAGGGCGUCACUGGGGCUGGGCCACGCCGAGGCGCCUGGCAGAGCUCAAGGAGGAAACCUCCCACGAGUUGACGAGGUGGAUCCCGCCGCUGAAGAUAACCAAAAACGCCUUGAUUCGCUAAAGCUUCAAGAUGCCACCGGUCGCCAACAAAAUACUCACGAGCGACAAAGCUCCGUAGGGUCCAACCGAAGCAGAUAG